AUGUAAUCAACUCAAAUAUUUAGUUUAAAUCUUAAAAAUCCACUUAACAUCACUUAUUUAUUAAGUAAUCCAGUCUUAAAUGAAUUCAUCAAUCAUGAAUAUGAUUUUUCUGAUUAAGAAAUGGUAGAAUUUUAUGUUAAUUUUUUAAAAAUUAUUGCUAUUAGAAUUAAUAGGGAAAACAUUUAUCUCUAUUUUAAUUAACGCUAUUGUUCAUUCCCCUUACUUUGGUAAGCAUAGAAGUUUAUUAAUUAUCCAGAAACUUUAGUUUAAAAUACUGUUAAAGUUAUUAUCCUUAGCAUAUCAAAAUGUAAUUUGUAUAUAUAAUUUUAGUAUGCAAUUUAACUAUAGAUGUCUCUUUAACUUAAUCAAUUAUAAAAUAGGAAAAUUUAAUCAUUUAAAAAUUCAAGAACUAUCUAUUAAAUUCUCCAUUCAUAAUAGCAUACCAUAAAUAUAUUCAAAAAAUCAAAUAUAUAUUACCAAAUAUCACUCAAUCAGAAUUCUAAAACUAAUUUGAAGAAUUAUUUAUGUUCUUUAAUGAUCUCCUUAAUUAAUGUCCUUUCUUAAUUCCACUUUUUGAGUAAAUAUUACUUCAAGAAUUAAUUUUACCAAUUAUGAACUAUUUAUUAUUAAAUAAAAAAACAGAUAUUAAGAUUGAAUUUAAAUUAGGAUUCUACUUUUUACAUCAAAUCCUAUACAAAUUACCAUUGAAAAACAUCUUUAUUUAUUUUUCAUAAGAUAAAAUACCAAAUGAAAGUUAUACAAUCUUAAAAUAUCAUUUAAAUCAAUCUGUAAAUUGGGUGUAUGAAAUAUAGGAUUACAAAAAAGAAUUUGAAUAAGUAUAUUUAGAUGAAAAUUAAAACCAAAUUAUUGGGAAUCAAUCACAAAACAAUCUUAUUAAUAAUAAUUACAAAUAUUAGAUGCUUCAUCUUUUAAAAGUAUGUUAGUAUUAAUUAUAUUUAAGCAUAGAGAUAAUAGUAUAUUAUUACUCUAAUUAGCCAUUUGGUAAGUAAUAAAGAGUCACUAAAAACCAUGGCCAAUUAAUCAAAUAAUUGAAGUAUAAGUUUAAUCUUUUAUUUAGUUAUUAUCAUAACCAUAAAAUUAAAUAAUGCAUUCAAUAAAAGUAAUUAAUUUUAUAAUCUUAUUUUUCAUAAAUGAAGAUACUAAUAAACUUAAAUAAAUUUAUCAAGAAUAUGAAAAUAAAGUAAAAUAAUUGAUAAUUAAUGCUAAAAAUGAUAAAUCUUAGUUAUCAUAAGAUUUAAUAAUAAAUUGGGAAAUUAUAUAAAAUUUUGAUUGGAAUACUUUUAAGAAGUCUUUGCCUACUAUUACAUUUGAUGAUUUAUAAAAUUGGGUAAAUGAGAAUGAACUAAAUCAAUUUAAAUUAGUUUAUAUAUGGCUACUCUUGAAAUGUUUAGUGAUGAAUUUCAAAAAAGAGCCAUAAAAUGCCAAAUAUGUUCCAAAUUAAGAGAUAUCUCAUCUAACAGAUGAUUUAUAUAUUUAAAUUGAUGAUAAAAGAACUGUAAAAUAUUUAUUAUUAUUUUAAGUAUUUAAUAAUAAGUUCAGAGUAAGGUUAUAUAAUUUAAACUAUUGCUUGUUCUAAUCCAAAUCGAGGUAUUGUUACUUUUACUUAUCCACUUGCAGGAAUAUCCUGUACUUAAGAGAAAGAUUAUCUAAAAUUUGAAUGUAAUAAGUUGGCAAUAAAUUAAUUAAAGCCAGCCAAAAUAAAAAUACCAAUUAAUCUCAUGAAUGAUAUAAUAUUAAAAAUAAAUGAUGUCAAAUUAGAACUAUAAUAAAAUACUUUUGAACAAUUAUAAUAAUUAUGUUAAUGA